GAAUUUCUGAUCUUUCUUUUGAAGUACAUCUGUUUUUUGACCUUUAAAAUACAUUUUUACAAUAUUCAGCUGUUUCAUUUACAUUCUCUAACUCCCUCCCUGGCAUCUUUUUUGUUAUAUUGUAAAUAUUUCAGGAAAGGUUCAAAGAGUGGAACCUCUGGAAGAUGUUAUGGAUGCCAAGGUACAGGAAUGAAAAUCACAACUCGACAGAUUGGAUUGGGGAUGAUUCAACAGAUGCAGCAUGUCUGUCCUGAAUGCAGGGGCUCAGGUGAGAUGAUAAAUGAAAGAGAUAAAUGCCAACAAUGCAAAGGGAACAAGGUUACACAGGAGAAGAAGGUCUUAGAAGUGCAUGUUGAGAAAGGGAUGCAGCAUGGUCAGAAAAUUACAUUUGAGGGACAAGCUGAUGAAGCUCCAGAUACAAUCACAGGAGACAUUGUUUUCGUAUUGCAACAAAAGGAUCACCCGAGGUUUAAGCGGAAGUUUGAUGACCUUUAUGUAGAACAUACUCUUAGUUUAACAGAGGCUCUGUGCGGGUUUCAGUUUGCCCUAUCACAUCUUGAUGGCAGGCAGCUUCUGAUCAAAUCAAACCCUGGCGAGAUUAUUAAGCCUGGUCAACACAAAGCAAUUAAUGACGAGGGAAUGCCACACCAUGGCAGACCAUUUAUGAAGGGCAGGCUCUUCAUUCUGUUCAAUGUGGAAUUCCCAGACACUGGUGUUCUUACCCCUGGCCAGUGCCGCACAAUGGAGAACAUACUUACCCCAAGGGCAAGCAAACAGCUUUCUGAUAUGGAGUUGGAU